AAGCAACCCAAUGAAAAAUUCCAUUUGAUUAAGAUUAAGAUGACCUGGCCACAGGCUCAGAACUACUGCAGAGAACAUCACACUGACCUGGCCAGUGGACUCCAACAGAUAGAAGACGAAGAAUUCAAAAAAGAGGAGACGCAGUCUAAUAAGAGCUUGUGGAUCGGCCUGUUCAAUGACACUUGGAAGUGGUCAGAUGAGAGCAAUUUCUCUUUCAGAAACUGGGAUCUGGAGUCUUUUGAAGAUGAAGAAGUCAACAAGAAAUGUGCUAUGGCCAUGUCAGAUGGAAAAUGGAGCUCCGAUGAUUGUAACAACACCAAACCCUUCUUCUGCUACAACGAUAAAGUGAUCCUGAUCAAUGAGAAAAUGGAGUGGAUGGAAGCCUUGAAUUACUGCAGAAGCAACCACCGUGACCUGGUCUCCAUCACUAACCCUCACCAGCAGAGAUGGGUCCAAGAGAGAGCCAAGAAGGCCGUCUCUGAGUACGUCUGGCUGGGACUGCGCUACACCUGCAGUAUGGAUUCAUGGUUCUGGGUCAAUGACAACCUGGUCUGCUAUGAGAACUGGGCCUCAGAGGAAAAGGCUGAUAAGUGUGAAAUGGCUGCAGCCAUGGGCAAAGAUGGACCGAAUAAGUGGUUCAAAAGAGCUGACACUUCCACAUUUAAUUUCAUCUGUGCUUUAAAGUAAGCUUUAAACCUAAAUCACUGGUGACAGACUUUAUAUUUCUGCUGUAUUUUUCUUGACUGCAACAAGUGACACUAGACUAGUAUGUAUCUGUUCUCUGAAUUUAUUGAAUGGCAAUAUGGCAAAUAUUUAGAAAUCACAACCCGAAGAGGGGAGAAACAAAAUGACUAACAGACUUGUUACCUGCAGAUCAGACAUUGAGAGAAAGAGGCUAAACUAAAGUUGUGUUUUUCUUGUCUCCUCGUCCUGAUUCUGAUGAGAGAUAACAACAAGCGGUUGUUUUUUAAUGAGGAUGUUGUCGUAUUUUUGUUUUUAAAGUGUGGGCUUUUUAUGCAUCUCUUGAGGUUGUAUUUUGCAUCCCAUCAGUGUGGUAGAGUAAGAGAAAAUAGGAAUAAAUACACCAACCUGUACUGCUUUGCUAUCGUUACUAACUUUGGAAUAUUUUAGGUUUAAGUUUGGGUGAUGUUUAAAAUAUGUCAAAUCAUAUAUCUGUGAUUAUCAU